AUGGCCGACCAGCGCGCAGUCAACAACGUCCAGGACAGCGUCCAUGAGGACACAGAGAUGCAUGAAGUAGGCGGCGAAACUGACCGUCCCGAUAACGAGUACGGCGACGAGGAAGACGCCGACUACUACGAGGACGAUUACCCAGCGCCUACCAUGAUGCGGGACAUGUUCUUCGAGAACAACACUGAAGAGCUCGGCUACCUUCUUUCUCUGAGCGAAUCAAGGGCGCCAUCUCCCGAUCCGUCAAGCAACGCCGACAUGGGCGAGCAACUCACUGCCGAGGAAGAACGUUCGGACGACAAAUAUCGCAUCAGUCGUCUCACGUACCACCUGUCGCUCUCCAACACUGCGAAUGAGCGCCUACAGGACGCUAGGACUGCCUUGAUCGUGGACCUGGAGAAAGCGAAGGAGGCAGCGAAGGAGGCAGUGAAGGACGGAGAAGAGAAGGUCAGGGACUUGAAGGUCAAGCUGGAGGCUCAGAAGCAAGCGGCCAUCAGCGAUGCGAUAGCACAGGAGCGGAAAGUGGCGCAGCUGCAGCUGCGACUGGAGAGUAUGACUAUGCAGACCAGCGGUAUAGCGCAGCCUGCUGCUGCCGCGCCAGCUGCAGUUGCUGUCCCUUCAACCGAGGUCGCCAUGCCUCCGCGUACGGUUGCUGUCGCCCCCAUUGCAAUCGCAAUCGGCGCGCAAGGUACCAGGUAA